AAGAAGAAUAAGAAAAAGAAAAAGAAGACGUAGAGAGGAAAGAAGAAGAAAAAUAAAAAGAAUUAGGAACUGGAAUUGAAAAUAAUAAUAUUAAUUUUAAUAAGUUAGCUAUGUGAAAACGUUAAACAGUUGCAUCAAACAAAUAAUAACAAGCAGGAAACCACAAUUUUUUUUUUUCGCGAAUGUGAAAUAAAAACACAAACUAUUAUACUAAUGAAUAAAUGUGUUACAGUUGUGUAAAUAAUAAUGAUCAAAGAUAAGAAAGAAAAGCAAUCAGGAGGAUCUGCUUCGGGAUCUUCAAGCGGCAGCAAUGGCAAUUCAAAAAGCAACAAUAAUGCAAACAAUGCUACAAACUCAUCCAAUACAAAUAAUUCAUCGACAUCGUCGCCUAGCUCCUCAAAGACAUCAUCUUCAAACAGUAGCAGUAAAUCUAGUUCAAGUAAUACAAAUAAAAAUAACAUACUUGGAAUUAAAGAAGAGAUCAUAGAGCAAGGACCCACAGAACAAUUGAUAGUUACAUCGAUAAAACAUGAAGAUGGAUCUCCACCCACAAAUAUUAUCAAAAAAGAGCCAGCCAAUUCAUCAUCAACGUCUGCAAAUGGGCCGGGUUCGGCUAGUGCAAGUAAUGUGAAUAGCAACGAUAGCAAUAACAACAAUGAUACAAAUGAUAAUAAAAAUAGUAGCAAUUUGUCUGGUCUAGCAGACGAGAAAGAUUCAGCGAAUGAUAACAGUAUUGCAGACGAAUUGCUCAAUAAUGACGAACUCAAUUCAUCAGGCAAUGGAAACAAUUCGAGUUCGAGUAAAUUAGGAAUGCAUAUCAAAAAUGAAGAUCCAUCAUCGGAUCCGUUAGCUGGUGUAGAUAGUAACAUGAAUCCCAAUAAUUUUGGUCCAAUGAACUCACAACCUGGAUCAAAUCGUCCACAAGGCUCUCCAGAACGGAUUCAACCCUUACCAUCAAAUGUUGUAAAUAAACAAUCGAAUAGUAUGGAUUAUAUGCAGCAACAAAGUCAGAUAUUUGUAUUUUCAACGGCAUUAGCGAACAAAGGUGCUGAGGGAGUUAGAAGUGGUCAAUUUCCAACGAUCAUAGCCUAUCAUUGUGCUCAACCAGAGACGAGAAAGUUUCUGCAGAAAUUUCCUCUAAAAGUGAAUCAAUUUAAUCGGAGUGGUCCUGGAUGGUUUCCACAACAAAUGGGUCCUCAAAUGAAUAAUAACAAGAAACCUAGAAUGAUGCCUAUGAAUCAACAAAAUUUUAAUUUCAUGAAAAACAAUGCAAUGAAUCCACAGCAAGGACCGGGAAAUGGACCAAUGAAUCAAAUGGGAAUGCAUCCUGGUAGCGGUAAUGCUGGUUUUCAGUCUAGUUGUGAUAUGAAUAAUCCUGAUGGAAAUAAUAUGGGAAUGUGGGGACCGGGAAAUCAACAAAUGAAUAUGGAUCCACUUGGAAAUGGACCAAAUAUAGAUCCUUUAUUAUCAGACCCAAUAGACAGUUUAGUUAAUGAUCCUUUGGCAAGUCCAAUGGGAAAUCUUCCACAAGGGCAAAUGGGAGGAAAUGUAAAUAAUUGCAUGGAUCCAACAAGUCCAAACAUACCGUCACUCAUUCAAGGAGUGAAAGUGCCAGAUGAAGAUCUAACACCACAACAACGACAGCAACGUGCAUUAAAAUUAGCACAGCUACAGGAGCUAAAGCAAAUGUUUAAGCAAGAGCAUCCAAUGAAUCCAAAUGACAUGAAUCAAAUGAACGAACAAGAUAAUCCUUUAAUGCCUGGUGCUCCAUGCUCAAAAAUGGGUCCGAAUCCAAUGAGUCCAAUGAUGCAGCAACAGCAAGGUGGUAAUGGUAGCGGGCCAGGACCAGGAACAAUGAUGAAUACUCCUCACGGGCCUAUGAAUUCAAUGAAUAUGAAUGGUCCAAUGAGACCUAAUUUUCCUCCGGGGAUGAUUGGACCGAGAGGAGGUAAUAUGAAUAUGUGUCGACCACCAAUGGGGCCUAAUAAUAUGGGAAUGAAUCCCGACGAAAUGAUGGGUGGUGGACCAUGCAAUACGGGAGGGGGUGGAAUGAAUAAUAUGUCAAUGGGACCUGGAAAUAUGAUGGGAAUGCCACCGCAAAUGCAAGGAAAUAAUAUGGGAAUGGUACCUGGAAGUUGUAUGAUGCCUGGAAAUGGCCCAAUGGGUGGUGGACCAAUGAAUCAAAAAGGAAAUAUGCCAAUGGGUCCAGGAAAUAUGCAACAGCAACAGCAACAGCAGCAACAGCAACAACAACAGCAACAUAUGGAUUGGAAUAAAAUGCAACAACAGUAUUAUGAAGAUAAUAAUAAGAGAAAAGGUCCACCGAUGAUGGGUGUAAUGGAUAUGCCUGGAAAUGAAAUGAUUAAUAGAUUGCCACCGGGAAUGAGAAAUAUGCAAAAUAUGCAGAAUAUGCGUGUACCUCAACAAGGACCUCCACCACCUUAUCAUCAAACACCACGAUCAGCAUCAGUGCCUAUAGCAACGCAAAGUCCCAAUCCCAAUAGUCCAAAUAAUCCCACAUCUAAUCUUUCGUUGCCAUCACCACGUGGAGGUUCAACACUUAAUUCACCUGCUGCCGGUGAUCCUUCUCGCAUGAAUCCACAACAAUUUAAACAUAUGAAUCCUCGACAAAGUCCCACAACAUCAUCACAAGACUCACCAGCAAUGGGACGACAAAUUAAUCAUAGUAAUCCUAGUACACCGAUUUCAUCGCAUUUAUCACCUAGUGCAAGCCUCAAAGAUCUCGAUAUGAGCACUAAUCCUAGUCAAGAACUGACGAUACAGAAGCAGCCCAACGCAAAUAUCAACAAGGACGGAACACCGAACCUCGGUGGACAAAAUCAGGCAAAUCUCAAUCUUGACAAUCGGCUUCCUGGUCAAAAAACUCCAACUUCAUCAGCGAAUCCUCACAUGAACAAUUUCUCCAUACCUUCAAGUCCUCAUACCACUGGAGCCCCAACCCUAUCAGGCGAUAAAAAUCGAAUAAACUCAGCCGGUCCGAGUCCACAAAACAAUCUCCAGCGUUCAAACUCAAUGAUGGGAAAUGAUCCGACGCAAUUUUCACCACAUCCGCAAGGAAAUAAUCAGCAAUCAAAUGAAAGCAAUAUGCAAUUUCCAAACGAUACACCGAAUAUGCCUUUUGGGCCGAAUGUUCCACAGAACAGUAAUAAGAUGCCCAACUUUAUGGAUCAAAAGCCAGGCGAUGGACCUCAGUUUCCAUCGUGUAGUGGACGACCGGAAAAUCUACCACUCAAUCCAAACAGUAAUGCUGCAAUGCCUAACACAAAACCUUCACAUUUCGAUCCAAUAUCAUCAUUAGCUCAAAUGUCACAGCAACUAACGAGUACAGGAGUUCCGAAUCCAAUGAAUGGUCAACCAAUGAUGGGUGGCUUUAAUAAUAAUGGAAUGAUGAAUGAUAUGGGUCCAAUGGGAAUGUCUGAUGGACAGAUGGAUUUCGGAGGUAAUAUGGGAAACAUGGUUCCUAAUCAAUUUCCAAUGGGACCCGGCGGUCCACGAUCAAUGUCACCAAAAAUUGGUCCACAAAUGGGAUUCCCACCAAACGGUCCAGGCGGUGGAAUGCCACCAAAUAUGAGAAUGGUAAGACCUCCAAUGGGUUAUAAUGGUACAAAUAUUCAAGUUAAGCCCAAUGCUCCAAACACGAUACAAUACUUGCCUGCCCGACCUCAAAUGAAUAACUCAAAUCCCCCACGACCACCGAGUCUAGAGUUUCUACAACGAUAUACAAAUCCAAUGGGAAUGGAUGAAAUGAAUAAAGGUGCUGCCCCUAAUGUUGGUAAUCAACAGAAUAUGCCAUAUUUUCCUAAUCAAAAUAAUCCUAAUCAAUGCAUGGGCCCUGGAAUGGAUCCUAUGGAUGGUGGUCCACCACCUGGCAUGAUGAAUCAAAAUCCAAUGAUGAUGAGAGGCGGUGGAAUGCGUGGAAAUAUGCGAUUUUCAGGACCUCCGUCGGGAAAUAUUAAUAAUCCAUGCAUGAUGGGAAACAAUACAUUUAAUAGUUCAAAUAACCCUAAUAUGAAUGAUCAUCAAAUGAUGUUUGGCGGGGGACCGGGACCAAAUCAACAGAAUCCUCAAAUGUUUGUCGCCGGUCCAAAAUCAAGUCCCAUUCCUCCACCAAAUCCCGAGAUGCAAAUGAUGGGAGGAGGUGGAAACGGUCCACAUUUCAAUAAGCAACAACAAUCUCAUUUUCCAAGUACGGCCGAUCCCAACUAUGCUCAGCAGUAUCAUAAUUUUCAACAGCAGCUAUAUGCCACCAAUAAUACUAGUAAUCAACGAAAUCAAAUGGGCAUGGGAGGCAAUCAAGCGCCUUUUAUGCCAAAAUAAUGGUGGUAACAUCUGAUUACAAUGAUCAUGAUGAUGAUUACUUUUUAUAGACUUAAGGGAAUAAAAAAUUAAAGUUAUUUAGGUGUUAAGAUGAUGAUUGAAGAUGAUGAAAAGUUAGUUUAAUAUUUCGCAAUUUUAUUAAAAUUAUUAAUUUAAUUAUUGAUUUUAAAAAAUCAUGAAGAAAGAAAAUUGAUUCUUUUUUUAAUUUUUAAGGAACAAAAAAUCCAGACUCAUUUCAUGAAAGAAGAAGAAAAGUAAAGUAAAAUGCUUAAUUUUUGAACACUGCAAAUUUUUUUAAUAAAACAAAAAGAUGAUGAAUAUUAUAAAGAAAACGACAAGAACGCCUUCUAAACAAUUUUCAGUAAGUACUUAAGACAGACAGAAAAAAAAUGAGUAAAAAAGAAAGUGAAAAACAGUUUAGUAAUGUAACACAAUGUUAAUUGUAAAUGAAAUACAAAAAAAAAUAAUUAAUGC